GUGACGGAUGGCUCCUGUCUGUCUCGGCAGCCAAUCAGAGCCUGCGUACGAUCCCAGGGGGCGGAUCUUAACAGGAACAGACUGCCAGUGCCCGUCAGCCAACCAGCUGCCACGCUGGCCGGAGUACAGACUCAGAAGGUGGAGGGUUUGAGGCGGGUGGUGAUUCCCAGAGAUCUGACGUAUCGGUUCCUCCUGCUGGCCGACUCCAACACAGCCAGAGGGAUAGAAACCUGUGGAGUCCUCUGUGGACGACUGACGCACAACGAGUUCAUGCUGACUCACGUCGUGAUCCCCAAACAGUCGGCUGGUCCGGAUUUCUGCGACAUGGAGAACGUGGAGGAACUCUUCAGUUUCCAAGACCAACAGAGCCUGCUGACCCUCGGCUGGAUACAUACUCAUCCCACUCAGACGGCCUUUCUCUCCAGCGUCGACCUUCACACUCACUGUUCUUAUCAGCUGAUGCUGCCGGAGGCCGUCGCCAUCGUGUGUGCUCCUAAACACAACGAUGCCGGUGUGUUCAGGUUAACGGGUCCCGGGAUGUCGGAGGUUUCUGUCUGCAGACUGAAAGGUUUCCAUCCUCACUCCAAGGAGCCUCCUCUGUUCAGUGUGUGUAAACAUGUGGUUCUGAGGGACUCAAAGAUCAAACUGCUGGACCUUAGGUGACAGACGAGAGGAAACUGUGAACACUGUGUGUGUGUGUGUGUGUGUGUGUGUGUGUGUGUGUGUGU